AAUUAUUUUCAACAUAAAUGGGCAAAGAGCGAACAUGACCGAUAGACGGACCACUAUCAUCCUCACAACAUCAACAUGGCUUCCGUACAUGCACUCUCUCCGCUCGCAGCCACCACAAACCACCACCGUCUCUCCUCCGUAGCACCCAAAUUCCCUUUCCGAGUUACAAAGCGCCGAUCGCUAACAAUCAAAUCCUCAAUUGAAAACAAACCCAAACCCAAACCCAAACCCGCCUCCACCGCCAUAAACGGGUCAUGGGUUGGUCCAGGUUGGCUCACCGCCUUGACUCGCUCUCUUUCCCUUAUCCAAUCCGACGAUUCAAACAUACCCAUUGCAAAUGCGAAGCUGGAUGACGUAUCAGAGCUUCUGGGAGGAGCCCUCUUUCUCCCGUUGUUUAAGUGGAUGAACGAGUAUGGUCCUAUCUAUAGACUCGCAGCUGGGCCAAAGAAUUUCGUUAUUGUUAGCGAUCCAGACAUUGCUAGACACGUUUUGAGGAAUUAUGGAACUAAGUAUGCUAAAGGUCUUGUUGCUGAAGUCUCUGAGUUCUUGUUUGGUUCUGGUUUCGCCAUCGCUGAAGGUUCACUGUGGACGGCAAGGCGUAGGGCAGUAGUUCCAUCACUUCACAAGAAAUACUUAUCAGUAAUAGUCGAUCGUGUAUUCUGCAAAUGCUCUGAUAGAUUCGUGGAGAAGCUCAAAUCGUAUGCACUCAAUGACACCAAUGUUAACAUGGAGGAGCAGUUUUCUCAAUUAACCCUUGAUGUUAUUGGUCUUGCAUUAUUUAACUAUAAUUUCGAUUCACUCAAAGCUGAUAGUCCUGUCAUUGAAUCCGUUUACACUGCAUUAAAAGAAGCUGAAGCUCGUUCAACUGACAUUUUACCAUAUUGGAAGAGUAAAACAUUAUGUAAGAUCAUUCCAAGACAAAUAAAAGCUGAAAAAGCGGUUACUAUAAUUAGAGAAACUGUUGAAGAGCUUAUUUUAAAAUGUAAAGAAAUGGUUGAAAAAGAAGGCGAAAAAAUCAACGAUGAAGAUUAUGUCAAUGAUGCAGAUCCAUCCAUCCUUCGAUUCUUGCUUGCUAGCAGGGAAGAGGUUUCAAGUGAACAAUUACGUGACGACCUUUUGUCAAUGUUGGUUGCUGGACAUGAGACGACUGGUUCAGUGUUGACUUGGACUGUGUAUCUUUUAAGCAAGGAUCCAUCUUCUUUAAAAAAGGCACAAGAAGAAGUUGAUAGAGUUUUACAAGGGAGAAAUCCAAGUUAUGAAGAUAUAAAAAACCUUAAAUUUAUAACAAGAUGCAUAAAUGAAUCUAUGCGACUCUACCCCCAUCCUCCCGUCUUGAUUAGAAGAGCUAUAGUUACGGAUGAGCUUCCAGGAAAUUACAAGGUUACCCCUGGUCAAGAUAUUAUGAUAUCAGUAUAUAACAUCCAUCAUUCAUCUCAGGUUUGGGAAAGAGCAGAAGAAUUCAUACCCGAAAGAUUCGGCUUGGAUGGACCUGUCCCAAAUGAAACCAACACCGAUUACAAGUACAUCCCAUUCAGUGGGGGCCCACGUAAAUGUGUAGGAGAUCAAUUUGCUAUGAUGGAAGCAAUUGUUGCUCUUUCAAUUUUCUUGAAGCAUAUGGAAUUUGAAUUGGUUCCUAAUCAAAAGAUUAACAUGACAACGGGUGCCACUAUACACACAACAAGCGGUUUGUUUAUGAAAGUUAGAGAGCGAAAAGUUAACUAUAUGGCAGUGUCUUCAACAUAGAUCGAAUGCUUCUACAAUAUCGGAAAUUUAAAUGUAUAUCCAUUUUUUUGGAAUUUUUUUUUCCUUUACAUGCAAUUUAAAUUUUAUAGUGAGUAAAAUAUAAAUGUAACAUACUACUAUAUUUUAACCGUUUGUGUUUAUUGA